AUGUUAUCUCGUUCCCUCCGAACGCUUAUUCACCAACCUGGCCCCUCGAGUCUCCGACCCAUAUGUGCAGAAUGUCGACGUCCCCUGCUACCCGCUCGUCGUGCUCUACCUUUACUCAACAUACCUCUCAAUGUCUCCAGAACCGCUCGAUACGCCUCAUCAUCCAUUCCUGGCUCUCGCCAAAGCAUCAACAACAACAAUGGAAGUAAGAGUAACACCCCCAAAUUACCCUUGUCGCAUAAACCUCCUAAAAGGCGAUUAGAAGCAGCUUCUCAACCCCUACGAAAUGCGGCGUCCAUCACUCGUGGACCGGUGCUACAGUGUAUAGCACAUACUACUGCAGAGCGAUAUGAUCUUAUGACACUAAGUGGGGUGUUACGAUCAAUGGGGAUAAAAUGGGAUGAAGUUCCAGAAGGUGAUAGGGACAGAGCAUUUGUUAUAUCUCCUUGGAAAGGUAAAUCAGGCUUAGAGCAAAUGAUCCGUCAAAGUACUACACCGUUAUCACCGAUCGACUUGAAUAAAAGUCCAGAAGUAGAAUGGGUAGAAAAUGAAGAUAGUCAUCAUGAUGAGUAUUUAUCAAGAGAUUCAACCAACGGCAAAAGAGGAGAGAUGGGAUUUGGAUAUGGAGAAAAAGGAGAAAUUUGGAUAUUCAAUAAUGGAAGUUUUGUCACUUGGGGUCUGACCGAAGAAGAAGGCAGAUCUUUCUUAAGAGAGAUCAUAAGGAAGAAAGGUUGGAAGGUCGAAGUGGGUAAAUACCAUGCGAAUGAAUAUGAGGUGGAGGAAGUGGAUUUCGUGGUUGAUCCGACAGCCAAAACUCACAUUUUAGGAAACCUUAUCCUCCUCGGUCGACCUCCUUCCUUAUCAACAUUCUCACCUUCCCCCUCACUAGCGUCAUUACUGGCUAGAUACACCUUAUCACUCUCACUAUCUCGUUCAUCAGCCUUAUCCGUACUGGAAGAUCGACUGGACAAUCACAUAGCAGCAGUCUCGAUUCUACCUAGAGCGCUACAGAAGACUGGUCGUCAGCCUCUGGAUAGGAAAGAGGUGAUCAGGAAGAUGGGUGAACUGAUGACGCUCAGGAUGAAUGUUAAUACGAGUGGAGGAGGAUUGGACGAUACCCCAGAGUUCUACUGGAGUGAACCUGAAUUAGAAUCAUACUUUGACUCAAUAGCUUCAGAGUUUGAAAUCAAAGAACGUAUAGAUGCGUUUAACAAGAAAUUAGAUUAUGCUCAAGAAGUGCAGAGUACCCUGCGUGCUUUGUUGACUGAGUCGUCAGCACAUAGAAUGGAAAUUAUCAUUAUCCUUCUUAUCACAGUCGAGGUUGUCAUUGCAUUAAUAAGAGAAGGACCUGAACUUGUACACAAAUUCCGUGAUUUCAUUGACGAACAUACCAACUCGCGAGUCAGGAAUUAUACGGAGGAGAUUGGGAAAUUGGAAGAAACCCUGAAAGAAGUUAGGGAGAAGAUUCCUCCAGUGGGGUUAUUGGCUUCUACUUCGACCUCAACGUCUCCGUCAUCGUCAUCGUCGUUGAGCAGAGAGGAUGGAUCGGAAGUACAGGAAAUGAGAUUGGUAUAG